UUUAUAAACUAAUUCUCCCUGUGAUGUCUGAAAAUAUUUUUAAGGGUGGGAGAAUUAUUAUUUGUAUGGAAUUAAAUGGUUGUCUUAACACCAAACACUUAUGAAUUUUAAAGGAAUAUGUCCAGUCUGAAAAUCGUUUAGAGGCAUGUAUGUGAGCUAGCACUAGCAUGUUGGAAACUAGAUCUCUUCAUGGUAUGCCAGAACCUUCAUGGCAAUCUAGAUCUAACUGCAGAGUAAACGUACCACCACAUCAAAUGGCAACACCAAAUGCAAGACAUGGCAAAAUUGCUCAAGAUGAUAUAUGCUAUGUGGUGGCAAAAUAUGAUUAUGAACGCCAAGGACCACAAGAACUUGAUCUUAGAAAAAAUGAACGGUAUGUCCUACUGGAUGACACCAAACACUGGUGGAAAGUCCAAAAUAGCCGGAACCAGUCCGGUUAUGUUCCCAGUAACUACGUCAAGAAGGAAAAACCUUCACUAUUUGACAGCAUUAAGAAAAAAGUAAAAAAAGGAUCAGGGUCAAAAACACUUCCUUCCAAUAAUUCACCUUCAAGAAACGUUGAAUCUCCAAGUAUGGCCCGCCGACAAAUACAAGAACCAACAGAAGCUAUUGGAAUGGCUGUUGUUAAAUAUAAUUAUCAGGCCCAACAGCCUGAUGAGUUAUCAUUGGUUAAAGGUUCCAGAAUUUUAAUCUUAGAAAAAAGCAAUGAUGGCUGGUGGAGAGGCCAAAGUGGUACAGUUGCAGGAUGGUUUCCAUCAAACUACACACAGGAAGAAGGUGACGCAGAUGAACAGUUACACACAUACGCCAUGGCAGAAAAUGUAUUGGAUAUAGUAGUAGCCCUGUACUCUUUCACUUCAUCAAAUGAUCAGGAAUUAUCUUUUGAAAAGGGUGAUCGUCUUGAAAUAUUGGACAGGCCUGUUACAGAUCCAGAAUGGUAUAAAGCGAGAAAUGCUCAGGGUCAAAUAGGAUUAGUUCCCAAGAAUUACCUACAGGAAUUGUCUGACUACCUUACUCAGCCAUAUCAGGAUAGAAAUAAGCCUGAGAGAAUUGAAUCCAACAUGGAACGAUCUCAACAAUCGGUGGAAAAACCCCAUCUGAUAGAUAGACCCUGGUACUAUGGCUGUAUCACUAGAAACGUUUGCGACAACAUACUAAAUCAAAAAGGCCAUGAUGGAGAUUUCCUGAUACGGGAUAGUGAGACUAAUAUGGGAGAUUAUUCCGUUUCACUGAAAGCCCCAGGUCGCAAUAAACACUUUAGAGUUCAUGUUGAAGGGGCCUUGUACUGUAUAGGACAACGAAAGUUUCACACACUUGAUCAGUUAGUUGACCAUUACCAGCGAGCACCUAUUUACACAAAUAAACAAGGUGAAAAACUUUACUUAGUGCGUCCUCUGCCCAAGACAGUGAAUGGUUAAUUAAUUGUUUAGUUCAUAAACAUAAUUUUUUUAGUAGGUAUAUAAUAUGUAUCCUUUGCGUGCGUAUAAUAUUUUUUUAUAACUGUAGUAUAUUUAAGGCUACAUAGGAUCUCACAAAAUAUUAGGUAAUUAUACAAUUGCCAAUUUAAUCGAAAUUUUUAUAUUUAUUAAGGAUGUAAUCCUAUAAUUAAGUUCUAGAGCUAUAAUAAUUGGAAGAUGGACCUAAAUAAAUUAUUUUAAUGUGAAUAAAAUUAUAUUUUGUGAGUUCUUAAAAAUUUUAGAACAAGUAACAUGUAUAUCUGGUCAUUUUAUUUGUAUAUAUUAUUUUAGAUCAUAUAACCUAGUUUUAAGCAACAGCUUUAUUUCAUGACAUUAAAACUAAAACACCCACCCUACAUCAUAAAUAUUUUAUACAGAGCGUUUUAAAUUAAUCUGAUUUAAUAAAAUACAUUAUUUUUAAAAAUAAUAAAAAUGCAUUCCAUUUAUUUUUCUUCAUAAAGCCAAAAUAGAUAAUAUUAAUAAUUGCCAUGAUUAUAA